AUUGAAUCAAUUCCCACAAACAUCCUUUCGGUGAAUCAUAGUGAACCAGUAUUCACCUGUGUGUACCACACAGUCUCAUGAUUAUCAGAGAGGGAAUCUUCUAAUUAUACUAUUGUUCUUUGUUUCCUUAAAUCGUACCUUAUCUUGCCCUAGGUCGAGAGAAUAUUUUGCUCUUCUAAUAUUAGUGGCUAUCAUUUUUAGGGCUUUUGACCUUAUCCUCUUUAGGGUCUUCCAUUCCAACUGUCCUGGCUGUUUUGAAGACCCCCAUUUAAUAAUGAUAAUAAUAUUAUAGAGUUUAAUACCGGUACCGUCCUCGCACGCAAUAUUCUCCUCAUCACCACUCGUCUACGCAUGGGGGGGUAUUUCACAAAAGGUUUCAUGCUACUUCCGAGGUAAGAUAUCAAUAUUAAUCAAUCAAUACUGAAUUACUUCUACUAUCUGAAGAUCAGUCCUCUGGCAACGGGAGUUACGCUACGUGGGAAAGGUUUUCGGAUCACCACAUCCAAUAUACAAAUCGCUUUUCCACAAUUGAGAAGGUAAGCUUCACUCCAAAACGAUAGACUAUAGAGUAUUUGGUAGCCUUUACUAAAACAUGUCAGGGUGUUGCUGCGCUGGGGGGUAUGAAUAAAGCCCUGAUGAGGUUGGGGAGUAUAGUCGAGAAACUCGAGGGUAAGAUCCACACCGAGUUUAAGACCUUGGGAGCAAGGAUUGAGAAACACGACGGUAUGAUGCUUGUUGCCUGGCGUACGCUUCUGGAGCCAGUGUUCCCAACCGUCCAGUCCGUCCGUCUUUGGGGCAGGACCGGAUGGACUGCGCAUGGCCGUUCCGCUCCGUCCAGGGCUCGUGGCAGUCCCCCCCCCCGUGGGGCCCCUGGACAGUUGGGAACACUGCUUCUGGCUCUGGUAUAGUCUGGAUGCCCUGCACAAUUCACUGAAUAUCUCACUAACACCUGGCAAAGCUUACUAUGGUUUGUGGAAAAAUUGGAUACGGCUGGUAUGAGGGGUGGAAAGGGGGAAACAAAAAAGAAUUUUUUUAUUUAUUUUUUUACAAGUCUGGCCGGCUCCGAAACUAAAAUAAAGACCCUGCAUUAUGGGCCAAGUUGUGGGUAUCGAAGGAGUGAGUUCACCUUCACCUUCCCUUUCCCCUUUCACCUGUCACCUCUAACUCAAUCCGCAAAGCACGGUACCGGUAAUCCAAGGAAGGCGCUUCAAAAAAAGCUAAUCAGUAAAAACUCGCUUCUCUGUGAUUGCCAAGCGCCAGGCGGCUCUCACCUAAGGAAUUUCACAGCAACAUCUCCUCUCCGUCAUAGGCUUAUCCAACUGCUUGCGAUCACACAGUUUGCAGGGUAGGCAGAAAUUCUGCAGGCUGACCAUACAAGCCCUGCUUUCCUCGGCAGUGGGUCUCCGCUGACCUUCCCCCAGGCUCUCGCAAUCGGACUCCCAAUUGUAUUGGUCCCCUUCUCCGGGCUUCCGGGAUCCCUUGGGGACGGGGCGGCGUACGCGGAGGGUGGAAAGGACUCUCUGGAUGAUUUGACGGCAAGACAUAGCGAGAACUAGAGGGCCGGAUCGUGGGGGGUUUUCGAACCGCUGGUGGUAAUUCUCUUUGUAUUUUUUUUCUUCCUUUCUUUCCGGUAUGGCGGUCGGGCGUGGGCCUUAGUUUGUUUUUCUCGGGGUGGGGCUUAUUUAAAUCCGGAAGGGGUUCAAGGAGGUAGGUGUGGCCACAGUUUUGUUUCCACUAUGACCAUAAUAAACCGGGUGUCAAAGUG